UAUUUGAACUUUUUUUCCUAAAAUUAAAAUACAAUAGUUGUAAAUUGUAGGGAGUAAUACAUGCCACUGAUCGACAUCGUCACCAUCGACCCAUCUUCCCUCAUCCUGUCCGUCGCCCUCGUAGCUCUGUAGCCGCCCGCACGUCCACAUCCGCCUCCCGCGGACGUCGUCUGCUGCACCCGCGAAAAAACUCCUGACGUCUUUCCGACUCACUACUUAGCUAGUCUGCAGACAGCUCUGAAGACAUCACUACCAGGUCACCAUCAAAAACUUCUUAUUUCCGACAGAACUAUCAAUACAAAACAUCAAAGCAAGAGAUAACCCCAUGGGAAAAAAGAGCCCGGGCAGUAUUAUUUAGCAAUCAUCAUUGUCAUUAACCCGGUGCAUCAAAGGCUCCCACCUACAGUAGGGGGCAGGUCUCUUUGGUGCUACAAACUGCGUGUUGUGGGGUCUUAGAAUGUCUUGGAGCCUCGUAGGUUGGCCAGUAUCUUAGGCAGGUGCUUCUGUGUGUGUAGAGAUGUUAUUUUGGCACUAUAGCUAUUGUACUGAAAACUCUGGAAUCAAUACUUUCAACAAUGCAAAUGUUGCCAAAUGAUAGUCGGGUAGAAUCUGGUUCUGAAACAGAGCCCAUCUUAAAUCGCUCUAAUGUUGCAAUGGAAUCUUCACAUGCAAUUGAAAUCACAGUGAGUGAGGAUUGUUCUGCCAGUUCUGAUGAUUCAUCAAGUAUUGAAGUUGAUGGAAGUGAAUCGCUGUUAAAUUUAGAGCAACCACAAUGCCGUAUAUGCCUUGAUACUGAAGGUGAAGAUUUGAUUGCACCUUGCCAUUGUAAGGGAACCCAAAAAUAUGUCCACAGGUCAUGUCUUGAUAAUUGGAGAUCUACAAAGGAGGGUUUUGCUUUCGCUCAUUGUACAGAGUGCAAGGCAAAGUUUAUAUUGAGGGCAAAUGUACCACCUGAUCGGUGGUGGUUGAGGUUGAAAUUUCAGUUUCUUGUUGCAAGAGACCAUGCUUUCAUUUUUCUUGUUGUCCAGCUGAUUGUAGCAAUCUUAGGAGUGCUAGUGUACAAAUUUUAUGGAGAGGAGUUGCGGGAAAUGUUUGGUUAUGAAGAACAUCCAUAUGGAUUUUAUACAAUGGCAGUUUUGGCAAUCGUGUUGGUUGGAUUGCUUUAUGGUUUCUUCAUAGCAAUAAUUUGUGGACAGAGGAUUAGUGAACGUCACUACUAUGUUCUUGCAAAACCUGAACUUACGAAGGAAUAUGUUGUAGAAGACCGGGAUGCAUCGAGUAAGAUUGUCCCAGAACUAGACCCUAGCCACGUGUCAGAGCUAAGGAUGUUGGGCCUAUAUUAAGGGUUUCACCUUCCCAUGACUUAAUGAGGUAAAUUCUACUUUCAACAGAAUUUACGAACAAUGAAAUAUACGUUUAUGCACGGCAUCAAAGCUGGCUCGCAAGAGUCCAGUCUUGAAAACUAGAAAUACAUAUUUUACUCAUUCUUGCUCUAUGAGGAAGCAUCUACUGCAAAAUGCAGUUAGGAGAAACUGAACAUUUGGGACUCCGUAUUCAAAGUUUUAAUUUUUCUCCAUUUUCUUUUUGUAGAUUAGUACUUUAGUUGGUAUGUUUGCAAAAAAAUGGUUUGCUGAUCUGUGUUGCUUAUUGAGUUCAGUUACCCAAAGUUCCACUUUCCAUUUACUACGUAUGUUGUACAGAUGGAAGGAUUUUAGUUCUUGAGUUGAAGUUCCAACAUUGUAGUAUUAGUGAAUAUGGAUAUCUUUUUUACUACACAUGGUUUAAAUUUGGAUUAGUCCAAUGAUAAAAAUGCAAAGAGAUUUCAGUAGGAAGGGCAUGUUUUUGGUAACCCAAAUUUUCAUUGGAUUCAAUCUAAACCUCGAUUUCAGACCAUCCGGUCAUGAUUAAAAAAUCUACAAGUGAAAUUCGCUAGACACUUUAGGGUGACAUCAUAGAUGGAUUGGAACAUGAAUUGUUAGACUGACUAUUUAUUGAAAAUUGGCUGUGAUCACUUAUAGGCUAUAGCCUAAGCACAAGUGCACAAAACGUAGGAAACGAUAUUUAGACAAAAACACAGAUCUUUGGUCACGGCUUCACACAAACGAUUCCUAAGCCAUUAGCGUCAACAUUCUAUUAUGUGUUGUGACUUGUGAAGACCAAAGCUUAUUUUUAUGUGUUGUGACUUCUG